CAGAGACAAGCACCUGCUCUACGGAGGGGGGAAAAAGUAUUUAGUAAGGUGUGCUGGUGAUCCUCCGUAGCCAUGUGUGACCAGACUUUCAUGGCGGCCACUUUUGGCCCCUGCGACAGCUGCAGUAAACCGAGUCCUCUGAUGAACAUCUACAUUAAGAACGAGGCCACCAACUACUGCUCCCUCUGUGUGGAAAUGAUGGCUUGUCAGGGGCUCCAAAAAGGGGAAACCCUGGAGUCACUGAAGCGGGAGAGCGAGACUCUGAAGAAGAAGCUGGAGGAGGAGCGAAACAAGCUGAACGACGUGGAGUUGCACCAGGUGGCAGAGAAGGUUGAGGUGUUGAGUGCUCUCUCCAUAAAGACCAGACGUGUGCUGAAGGGUCACGGGAACAAGGUGCUGUGUAUGGACUGGUGCAAAGACAAGCGACGCAUGGUCAGCUCAUCACAGGACGGAAAAGUGAUUGUCUGGGAUGCAUUCACUCUUAAUAAGGAGCAUGGAGUUCCCCUGCCGUGCACGUGGGUGCUGGCGUGUGCUUAUGCCCCCUCAGGCUGUGCCAUAGCAUGCGGCGGGCUGGAUAACAAGUGCUCAGUGAUCCCGCUGUCUCUGGACAAAAAUGAGAACUUGGCUGCGAAGAAGAAGUCGGUUGCUAUGCACACCAACUAUGUGUCAGGCUGCUCCUUCACCAACUCUGACAUGCAGCUCCUGACCUCCAGUGGCGAUGGCACAUGUGCAUUGUGGGAUGUGGAGAGCGGGCAGCUGUUGCAGAGUUUCCACGGUCACACAGCUGAUGUCCUGUCCCUGGACCUCGCCCCAUCUGAGACUGGAAACACUUUUGUCUCUGGGGGCUGUGAUAUGAAGGCCAAUGUGUGGGACAUGCGCUCUGGACAGAACAUUCAAUCUUUCGAGAGCCACGAGUCCGACAUCAACUGCGUGAAAUACUACCCCAGUGGAGAUGCAUUUGCAUCCGCCUCUGAUGAUGCGACGUGCCGUUUCUAUGACUUGAGAGCUGACCGUGAAGUGGCCGUCUACCAGAAGGACAGCAUCAUAUUUGGCGCUUCCACCUGUGACUUCUCUCUGAGCGGCCGUCUGCUCUUUGCUGGUUAUAAUGACUAUACUAUCAACGUAUGGGAUGUUUUGAAGGGCACUCGUGCCACCAUAUUGUUUGGUCACGAGAACCGUGUUAGCAGAGUGAGAGUGUCACCUGAUGGCACAGCGCUCGGCUCAGCUUCCUGGGAUAGCACUUUACGGGUUUGGGCCUAGAGUUUUUAUUGUGGUAGUUUCCAACAAAGGUAUCUACAUUUGGUGGCCAAUAAUCCCUAAGCCCAGCCUGAAAUACUAGCACUACUUCAGGUGUGUAUUGAAGAAACCUUCAGUCAGCCAAGCCCUCAGAUGUCUCUGAAUGAAAAUAUUCAAUAAUAUCUAUAAAGUGGAUAUUUGUUUAAGCAGAAGUUGGUAUUCCCGGUCUUUGUUAUUGCUAGCCUGAUGACUGAUGCUAAAUAAUUAUGUUAUUUUUAACAUAGUGUGAAAUAUGUAUUCCUCUAAAGAGCCAAAUAACCUUUAGAAAUCAUCUGCAUGAUCAAACUUAUGUGUCAUACUGCAAACAAUAUUACCGAUUGUCAUGUAAAUAAUGCCCACUGUCACUUUUCUUAAGAAGCUGUAGUUGCACAUGCUGUUAACUGUAUUGUGUAUAUUGUCUCUAGUUUUUGGUAUUUUGCUGUAGCUGAUGUCAUGAUUAAACACAAGAAGAGAAAUUU